ACAGACGGGGAGUCGGGAGAGCUCUACUACACUGAGAAGGAGAACGAGUCAGUACACCAGAGAACAGCCCAGAGGCACGCAUGACAAGGAAGGAGUGGCCGGUCCCUUCAAAUAUUAAGGCACUACCUUGGAAAACGAGAGCUUGUUGUUUUUUCCUCAGUCCGUGUGUAUGUAGGGGAAACCGGAGCAUGUCACUAUGACAACGUGUGGACUUUACAUAGUAAGUUAGCCUUCUUCAUCUCAGUAGAUAUCACAGCCGCGGCAGUCGUGUAGGACUGUCAGUUGUCAAGCCUAGAAGAAGCCGUAGAAGACAGUCAUGGAACAGAGACUCGCUACAGUGGUCAGCUAGCGUCUUAUGUGCCCAUUCUUCAAGAUCAGAGGAGAAGCCGAAGACAGCGCGCCUGGAGCGGCUCGAGCAGGAUGGAUUUCAGCAGCCUUCGGAGCCUCAUCACUCGAUACUGUACAGGGGAGGAGAGCUGGGUGGACAGCAGGACCGUUUAUAUUGGAAAUAAAGUGCCUCCACCAGGAACAGAAGCGUACAUUCUACAGAGAUUUCCUGACAACAGAAUCGUCUCCUCAAAGUAUACUUUCUGGAAUUUCAUACCGAAGAAUCUCUUUGAACAGUUCAGAAGAAUCGCCAAUUUCUAUUUUCUGAUCAUCUUUCUAGUGCAGCUGAUCAUUGACACACCUACCAGUCCUAUGACCAGCGGUCUGCCUCUUUUCUUUGUCAUCACUGUCACAGCCAUUAAACAGGGCUAUGAGGACUGGAUCAGGCACAAAGCGGACAAUGCUGUAAACCAGUGUCCAGUCCACGUCAUCCAGCGUGGCAAAGUUGAACGCAAACAGAGUCAAAAGCUACAGGUGGGUGAUAUUGUCCAGGUGAAGGAGAAUGAGACAUUUCCUUGUGACCUCAUACUGCUCUCCACCAGUAGAGAAGAUGGAACAUGUUUUGUCACGACAGCCAGCUUAGAUGGAGAGUCCAGCCAUAAGACCUAUUAUGCAGUUCAGGACACAAAGGCAUUCAACACAGCGGAGGAGGUGGAAACACUGCACGCUACGAUAGAAUGCGAACAACCUCAGCCAGACCUGUACAAAUUUGUGGGACGCAUCAAUAUUUAUUUGGAUCGAAAUGAGCCCAUCGCAAGACCCCUGGGUUCUGAGAACUUGCUGCUGCGUGGAGCCACACUGAAAAACACAGAAUACAUACAUGCUGUGGCCAUCUAUACGGGUAUGGAAACCAAGAUGGCCCUCAACUACCAGUCCAAGUCUCAGAAACGCUCCGCUGUUGAAAAGUCUAUGAACGCCUACCUGAUCGUGUACCUCUGCAUUCUGAUCAGUAAAGCUCUGAUCAAUACUGUCCUGAAGUAUGUCUGGCAGGCCAACCCUAACCGAGAUGAGCCGUGGUACAACCAGAAAACUGAGACUGAGAGGCAACGGCAUGUAUUAAUCCGGGCAUUCACAGAUUUCCUCGCCUUCAUGGUUCUGUUCAACUACAUCAUUCCUGUGUCCAUGUAUGUGACUGUGGAGAUGCAGAAGUUCCUUGGCUCGUACUUCAUCCUGUGGGACGAUGACAUGUUUGAUGAGGAGCUCGGAGAGAGGCCGCUUGUCAAUACCUCAGAUCUUAAUGAAGAACUUGGACAGGUGGAAUAUGUCUUCACAGACAAGACUGGCACUUUGACUGAAAAUAACAUGGAGUUGAGGGAGUGUUGUGUGGAUGGGCAUGUUUAUGUGCCACAUGCCAUCUGUAACGGGCAGAUCUUACCUGGAGCUGCCGAAAUGGACAUGAUCGACUCCUCUCCGGGCAUAGAUGGAAAGGAGCGAGAGGAGCUGUUUUUCCGUGCACUGUGCCUCUGUCACACAGUCCAGGUGAAGGAAGAGGAGACAGUGGAUGGCAUUAAGAGAGGAAUCCAUCAGGGCAAAUCCACCUCCUUCUACAUCUCCUCCUCUCCAGAUGAGGUUGCACUGGUGGAGGGCAUGAAAAGGUUGGGCUUCACUUAUCUCCGUCUGAAGGACAGUCACAUGGAGAUCCUUAACAGAGAGGAAGAGAUGGAGAGAUUUGAGCUGUUGGAGGUGUUGAACUUUGAUUCAGUGAGGAGGAGAAUGAGUGUUAUUGUAAGAUCGAGCUCAGGAGAGUACUAUUUGUUCUGUAAAGGUGCAGAUUCUUCUAUUUUCCCACGGGUGGUUUCUGGGAAGGUGGAGCAGGUCAGAGCGCGAGUAGAGCACAAUGCUGUGGAGGGCUUACGGACUCUUUGUGUGGCUUAUAAGAAACUGACUCAUGAGGAGUAUGAGCAAACGUGCCAUCUCCUGAGCAGCGCUAAACUAUGUUUGCAUGAGUGUGACAAGAAACUGGCUGAAGCUUAUGAUGUCAUCGAAAAGGAUUUCAUCCUGCUGGGAGCCACAGCUGUGGAAGAUAGGCUGCAGGAUAAAGCGGCUGACACCAUUGAAUCCCUGCACAAGGCUGGUAUGAAGGUUUGGGUCCUCACAGGGGACAAAAUGGAGACGGCAGCAGCCACAUGCUAUGCUAGCAGGUUAUUCCAUCGCAAUACACAGAUCCUGGAACUGACAACCAAGCGGACAGAGGAGCAGAGUCUCCAUGACGUCCUAUUUGAUCUGAGCAGAACUGUCCUGAGACAACAUGGCAGCAUGACCAGGGACAUUUUCUCAGGGCUCUCAGGUGAUUACCAAGACUAUGGUCUGAUAAUCGAUGGGGCAACACUGUCAGCUGUACUGAAGCCAACACGGGAUGUAACCAGCAAUGGAGGAAACUACAAGGAGAUUUUCCUGGAAAUCUGCAGGAACUGCAGCGCUGUUCUCUGCUGUCGCAUGGCACCCUUACAAAAAGCACAGAUCGUUAAGCUGAUAAAAGCAUCAAAAGAACACCCCAUCACGCUGGCCAUCGGGGACGGAGCCAAUGAUGUCAGCAUGAUUCUGGAAGCUCACGUGGGAAUCGGGAUCAUGGGGAAAGAGGGGCGUCAGGCGGCCCGCAACAGUGACUAUGCGAUUACCAAGUUCAAACACCUGAAGAAGAUGCUGCUGGUUCAUGGGCACUACUACUACAUUAGAAUCGCUGAGCUGGUCCAGUACUUCUUCUAUAAGAAUGUGUGCUUCAUCUUCCCUCAGUUUCUAUAUCAGUUCUUCUGUGGCUUCUCUCAGCAGCCACUGUAUGACACAGCAUAUCUGACCCUGUACAAUAUCAGCUUCACCUCAUUACCCAUCCUCCUCUACAGUCUGAUGGAGCAGCACAUCAACAUGGACAUCCUCAAACGGGACCCCUCUCUCUAUAGAGAUAUUGCCAAGAAUUCCCUCCUGAGAUGGCCCACUUUCAUCUACUGGACACUUCUGGGGGUUUUUAAUGCCGUGGUCUUCUUCUUUGGUGCUGUCUUCCUUUUCGACAACACAACCUUCACCAGCAAUGGCCAGCUAAUGGCCACCAACACACAGAUGAUGUUUGGAAACUGGACCUUUGGAACACUUGUGUUCACUGUCCUGGUGUUCACGGUCACACUAAAGCUUGCCCUGGACACACAUUACUGGACAUGGAUCAACCACUUUGUCAUAUGGGGGUCACUGCUAUUCUAUGUCAUCUUCUCCCUCCUGUGGGGAGGCAUCAUUUGGCCUUUCCUGAACUAUCAGAGGAUGUACUAUGUGUUCAUGCAGAUGUUGUCCAGCGGUCCUGCAUGGCUCAGUAUAAUUCUGCUGAUUAUAGUCUGUCUGCUGCCUGAUGUGGUGAAGAAAGUGUUGUGUAGAGCUCUAUGGCCCACCACCACUGAGAGAAUACAGAAUGCCGAUAAGUUGUAUAAGGGCCACCUGUCCGAGUUCACCCCCCUGUCCUCCCUCCAAGCUCCACCUACACGGAAACACGUCAGACGUGGCAACGAAAGCCAGAACCACACCCACCGCAGAACAAACUGGUGUUGCCUUUGUGCAAACCUGUUAUCGAGGAACACUCCAUAGCCUGCGAUUUUCUUUGUCCAAUUGCAUUGUAAGUGGCUAGAUUUGCCCAUUUCUGUUGCUGCACUGUACUAGAACGAACUAGGUGUGUAUGUGCACGAGUGUGUGCGUGUGUAUGUGUGUGUGAGAACGUAGGCCUUUGUUAGAACAACUACAAGAAGACAAAUUGUAACUGGACUGUCAUUAUGUUUCACCCUUUAACUUUCAAAAAGGUGGAAAUCAACUCAUGUUCUACUGUUCCAAAGUUUCCAAAACCAUUGACUUGUGUGAGCAUGACAACCAGUUACUCUUUCCAAGCUGCUUGGCAAUUUGCUUUAAAAUUCUGUAGUUCCCUAUGUAUAAUCAGUCCUUUAGUUUCUGUAAAAUAGAUCCAGAUACAGGAUGCUAAAGGCUACACUAGCCACCUUAGCUUAAUUGUUCGGCCUUAAUGCUAACUUUUCCCAUCUUUACACCGCAGUUUGGAACCAAACUGCGGUGUAAAUAUAUAUAUAUAUAUA